UUGAGACAGCCUCCGUCUCCCGCCGUGCCGCCCUUGUUCAACCCAGAGGGGGCGAGGAGAAGGAAGAACAUCAGCCAUGCUCGCUCCAACUCUCCGCUCAGCUCGUAGGCUCUCCUCUUCCUCUUUCUCCAAAUUCCUCAAAGAUUCUUUACCAUUAGCCUCCUCUCUUGCUGCUGAAAUCAGCACCAGAGCUAAUGCCUCUGCGUUCUCCUCAUGUUCUGCAUCUCAUUCCUCCUUAAAAUCCGCCACCAACGAUCAUUGUUGCAACAAUGGCGAGAGUAAGAUGAAUGAUGAAAAUCCAUGUAAUGGAAACGACAUUGUUCCGUCCUCGUUUCAUAAGCCAUUGCUGAGAAAUCGUGCGACAUCGAGGCGAGCCCUGCGUGCUCUACAGCCUCAUUUGAAUAGGAUUAAGGCGAAGAGGAUUACGACUGAUACAUUCUCUGCGAUUGAGCUGGCGUUGGAAUCUGUUGUCAAGGUUUUCACUGUUUCCUCCAGCCCCAACUACUUUCUUCCAUGGCAGAACAAGUCCCAGCGGGAAACUAUGGGUUCCGGAUUCAUCAUCUCUGGAAAAAAGAUUCUCACAAACGCUCAUGUUGUUGCUGAUCAUACCUUCGUUCUUGUAAGAAAGCAUGGCUCACCAACGAAGUAUAGGGCAGAAGUUUUAGCUGUUGGUCAUGAAUGCGACUUGGCUAUUCUGGUUGUCAAUAGUGAAGAAUUCUGGGAAGACACCAACUGUUUGGAGUUGGGGGAUAUUCCUAUCUUACAAGAAACCGUGGCUGUUGUUGGCUAUCCUCAGGGUGGGGAUAACAUCUCUAUAACUAAAGGUGUUGUUUCUAGGAUUGAACUUACACAAUAUGUACAUGGUGCAUCCCAACUGAUGGCUAUUCAAAUAGAUGCCGCUAUAAAUCCAGGAAAUAGUGGUGGGCCAGCAAUCAUGGGCAAUAAAGUUGCUGGAGUAGCUUUCCAAAACCUUUCUGGUGCAGAAAAUAUUGGGUACAUAAUUCCUGUCCCUGUGAUAAGACAUUUUAUAGCUGGUGUAGAAGAGAGUGGAAAAUAUGUUGGAUUCUGUUCUCUUGGUUUGUCCUGCCAGAUUACUGAAAAUGUUCAACUUCGAAACCACUUCAAGAUGGGUCCUGAAAUGACUGGAGUACUUGUGAACAAAAUUAAUCCCCUUUCAGAUGCUUACAAUAUUCUGAAAAAGGAUGAUAUCAUCCUUGCGUUUGACGGUGAGCCUAUUGCCAAUGAUGGAACAGUUUCUUUUCGAAACAGAGAGCGGAUAACAUUUGACCAUUUGGUGUCUAUGAAGAAAGCCAAUGAAAAAUCUGUGAUCAAAAUUCUGAGGGACGGUCAAGUUUGUGAGCUCAGUAUCACCCUCCGUCCUUUGCAACCCUUGGUCCCAGUUCAUCAGUUUGAUAAGCUUCCUAGUUACUACAUUUUUGCUGGUCUUGUCUUCAUUCCACUUAUCCAGCCUUACCUUCAUGAGUAUGGAGAAGAUUGGUAUAAUACUUCACCUCGUCGCUUGUGUGAGAGGGCACUAAGGGAACUACCAAAGAAGCCUGGUGAACAACUUGUCAUCCUUUCACAGGUGUUGAUGGAUGAUAUUAACGCAGGGUAUGAGCGUCUUGCAGAGUUGCAGGUUAAAAAGGUUAACGGAGUUGAAGUUGAAAAUCUGAAACACUUGUGCCAACUUGUGGACAAUAGUAAAGAUAGCGUAAGGUUUGAUUUGGAUGAUGAUAGGGUGAUUGUGCUAAACUAUGAGAUGGCUAAAGUUGGAACUUCAAGGAUUCUGAAGCGCCACCGAAUACCAUCAGCAAUGUCUCACGAUCUCAUGAACAAUGUAAGCAUCUCCGACUCUGAAUUGACCUCCUCAUAAUGAGUUCAUUACAAAGUUGAGAAUCAUUCACCCCUUAAUAAUUCAUUGAUUUUACUGAAUGGCCAACUUUUCUAAGAAGCUGAGUUAUGUUGGCAAAAGAUUCCUAGGCGAGAAACCAAAUAUGGGGCCAAAUAGAUUCUUUCUCUUCCAUUUUUUUAUGCUUCACUCCCCAGAUUUUUGUAGUUUUUGAUUUCGGGUUUAGGGUUUAAACUUCCAUGUUACCCUCCAGGUAUCGUAGUUUUUGAUUCUUGAGAAUGACAGUUACAAUUAUAAUUAGUUCAUCCUUGGGUGAGAAUUCUUUGAGAUAUUGAAAAUUUGUUGUAAACUAUGAGGAUUUGUUGUUCAACUGAGAUUACUUUACUUU